CUCUGAAUACACGCUCUUUGGCAGUGGCUUUAUGCUGUGAACGUGGUGAAAUAUCGCGGUAGUACCUUCCCAUAAUCACUACGUAAUGUGCCGUGCUGCUUCAAGCGGCGCUGGUGACAGUGCUGAAAGCUGUUGGGUAUGAAGUGAAACAGAACCGAAUUUUUGUACCAUCCGCAACUGCUUCAAGUUCAGAUCAUAACGAAGAAACUAAAGAGAAACAUCCCAAAACAAGCAAAAAGUUGCAACUCUCAAGAAGUCACGGGGGAAAAAAGUAUCACUUCAAGGAUUCAAAACACAAGAAACAACCAAACACUGAAACGACCAAAGACCAAGACACAACAGCAGCCCGACUGAAACACGCUGAAGAGAAGUAAUCCUAUGCCUGCGCAAUUAUUGAGAAGACAAUAACUGAUCUGAAACCAGAAGUUUGUGCCUACUCAACAGCUUUGACAAAGCACACGUCCCAACGCUGCUCCUAGCCCUCCUCAUCCUCACCGCACCACCGACUCACCCCGGGGUGCGGAGUGGGCUGCUGUCUGCUAGUUUUUUUCCCCCUAUAGUCUCCUCAUCUUUCCCUCCCUCUUUUCUCCUCCCACUGUUUUCAUUGUAUUUUUUUUCUAAGCAGUGUUAUUGCACCUGCGUUUGCCUUUUUUAUGCGCUAGAUUUUCCCCCUUUUUUGCUUUAUGCAACCAUCUAGAAACUUGUGCCAGAAACCUGUAACAAAUAAGUGUGUGUGCACGUGAAGAGAUCUGCAGCAACUGUAUAGUCAUCGAGAUCCUGACAACUGCAAGAUUCAAGACAGCAUUUAAAGACAUCCAGCGGUGUAUCAUUGGGUGGUUACAUAAAAAUAUUACAUAACAGUCAAACAAAAAUUCAAACACCUAAUCAAGUUCAACAAGGGCUCAAGUUUGGUCCGAGUUUAUGGGAAAAUAUGGGCAGCCCCUGGAAAGGCUUUGUCGAGUUUACCUUGCCUGCGUCGCCACCCACCGCGUUCGUUAGCGCUGACCUGAGCAGCACCUCCCCUGUCGGACUCAGCCUGUCACCGUACGGCCGAUCCAUGAGUUUUGACCCAGGCAUGCUCCAUAAUAAUGGGCACACUGCAUAUGCCAAUGGCACAGGGCCUGGCAUAAGGGAGACUGGCGUAGUAGAGAAGCUCCUGACCUCCUAUGGGUUCAUCCAGUGCUCUGAGCGUCAGGCACGUCUCUUCUUCCAUUGUUCCCAGUACAACGGCAACCUGCAGGAGCUUAAAAUAGGAGAUGAUGUAGAGUUUGAGGUUUCCUCAGACAGGCGCACUGGCAAACCCAUAGCAGUGAAGCUGCUGAAGAUAAAGCCGGAAGUUCUGCCAGAGGAGCGGAUCGCGGGCCAGGUGGGGCCAGACUCGCACGCCUCUCCAUUUACUGUGCUGCAUGGUUAUAUUCAUCCAGUUGUCUCGGCGAUCCCAACACACUUGGAUGGAAAGUCGGCUCCUGGCCAGGUUCCCACUGGCAGUGUUUGUUAUGAGAGAAAUGGGGAAGUGUUCUAUCUCACCUACACCCCUGAUGAUGUGGAGGGAAACAUCCACCUGGACACCGGAGAUAAAGUCAGUUUUUACAUGGAGACCAACAAGCAUACUGGUGCGGUCAGUGCCCAUAACAUUCACCUAGUGAAGAAAAAGCAAUUGAGGUGCCAGGGUGUGGUGUGUGCCACAAAGGAGGCCUUUGGAUUCAUCGAGAGGGCUGAUGUGGUGAAGGAGAUCUUCUUUCACUACAGUGAGUUCAAAGGUGAUCUGGAGGCCCUGCAAGCUGGAGAUGAUGUAGAGUUCACCAUCAAAGACAGAAAUGGUAAGGAAGUGGCCACAGAUGUGAGACUGCUCCCCCAAGGGACAGUCAUCUUUGAGGACAUCAGCAUUGAGCAGUUUGAAGGCACAGUCACCAAGGUCAUCCCCAAAGUUCCAACAAAAAAUCAGAACGACCCAUUACCAGGUCGCAUCAGUGCCAGGAUUGGCUUCACCGACAAAGAACUGCUGUUUGGGGAGAAGGACACAAAGUCCAAGGUGACCCUCCUGGAGGGAGACCACGUGCAGUUCAACAUCUCCACUGAUCGCAGAGACAAGCUGGAGCGGGCCACCAACAUCGACAUCCUCUCUGACACCUUCAGCUUCACCAAGGAGACCCGUGAGAUGGGGGUGAUUGCUGCCAUGCGUGAUGGAUUUGGCUUCAUCAAGUGUGUGGAUCGCGACGCCAGGAUGUUUUUUCAUUUCAGUGAAGUCCUGGAGGAGAGCCAGCUGCACAUUUCUGAUGAAGUGGAGUUCACAGUUGUGCCUGACAUGCUGUCAGCCCAGAGGAACCAUGCGGUGCGCAUCAAAAAGCUGCCAAAGGGCACCGUGUCUUUCCACACCCAGUCUGAGCAGCGUUUUGUGGGUGUGGUGGAAAAAGAAAUUAUGGCUGCCACCACAAAAAAUGCAAGUCCCAGCAAGGGCAAGGAGAAGAAAAAAGACAAGGGUAAAGCUGUUGAAAAGGAAACCGAGGAGGGAAUGAUUGCAUAUGAAGACUGUGGAGUAAAGCUGACUGUUUCAUAUCACACCAAGGACCUUGAGGGAGCCUGCCACCCACUGGCGGGCGAUAAGGUGGAGUUCUCCAUCAAUGAAGUGAAGAGAACUGGCCAACAGAGUGCAGUCUCCAUCCGUAUUCUCAACCGUAAUGCCACCAACACGAAGAGACUGCAAGGAUUUGUCGCCACACUGAAGGACAACUUUGGCUUCAUUGAGACCGCCAAUCACGACCAAGAGAUUUUCUUUCAUUACAGUGAGCUGUGUGGAGACUUGGAGAACUUGGAGCUGGGUGACACUGUGGAGUACACUCUCUCCAAGGGCAAAGGAAACAAAGUCAGUGCUGAGAAGGUUACCAAAGUGGCAGCAGUGAAUGGCACUGGUGAGGAUGUAGGUGCGACAGUAAUGCUGGGGAAAGUCAUCCGUCCUUUGCGCAGUGUGGAUCCCUCCCAGACAGAGUACCAAGGGCUUAUUGAGAUCACAGAGGAAGGUGCAACUAAAGGCCAAAGUUAUCCUUUUGGCAUCAUGGGCAUGGCAAACAAGGCAGAUUGUCUGCAGAAAGGAGAAAUGGUGAAGUUCCAGGUGUGCACUGUACCCCAGACUGGACAGAAGAUGGCUUGUAAUGUGGUUCCCCAGCGCAGAGCCUUGGUGGAGUGUGUCAAAGACCAGUUUGGCUUCAUCACAUAUGAAGUUGGUGAAAGCAAGAAGCUGUUCUUCCAUGUAAAAGAAGUGCAGGAUGGCCUGGAGCUCCAGACUGGGGAUGAGGUGGAGUUCUCAGUUAUCCUCAAUCAACGCACAGGAAAAUGUAGUGCCUGCAAUGUGCGGAGAGUCAGUGAAGGACCCAAGCCGGUGGUGACCCCACGUCCUGACCGACUGGUCAACCGACUGAAGAGCAUCACCCUUGACGACGCCAGUGCCCCCCGCUUGGUCAUUAUUAGGCAGCCCCGUGGUCCCGACAACUCAAAGGGCUUCAACGUGGAGCGGAAGACUCGCCAGCCUGGUGUCAUAGAUUGAGCAAUAGAACUCACCCCACUUGGUGCUGGUGGGCUCAUUAAGGAAUGCUAUCCCAAUAGGCAACAGCAGGGGAAAAGGGAUUUUUGAUUUGACACAUGCUUGUACACACACAGACCCAUACACAUAAAACAUGCGCACACAUACAGUAACCGGCAUGUGUAACCUUUGUCCCUGUUAUACCUGCAGAGGAACUUUUCUCAUUCCACAGUUCCCUGCCUCCCAUGUAUGAUGAUUAAUAAUGAGUUGACACUGCAGUAUACAUGGGAUCUCUGAGUGUUUGCGUGUGUGUGAUGUAUCCUAGAAUUGGUUAUAGUGUGUAAUGGAGGUGUUUGUUUUUUGAGGGCCCUGCCUCUCUAAAUCAGAGUGACGGUUGUGUGUCUGUCUCUGUCCCUAUCUUAUGAAUCUGCUUUGUCUGGAAUUCUGCACCUGCAAUCUGUCCUUUAGUUUGCGUGGGUGAAUGAGUGUGACUGCUGGCAUGUAUUUGGAGCAUCUGCUCUGUUUUUCCCCCUAUAGUUUUGCUCCUUUACUCAUGGAAACUUAAAUGGUGUCAUUGUCAAGUUUCCACUACUGUAUGCUUUCCUACAAGACACAUAAAGCAAAGCGAAGUUCCCUCCAUAAGGAGGAUCAUAUUUCUCUUAUGUGCGAGCUUAAACUGAGGAUACUUCUCUGCUCGGUUUUUUGAGCAGUUUUAAAAUGCUUUAUCCAAGAGCUGAAGUGAAAGCAUGGUGUGUGAGCAUAUGUGUGUGUGUCAGAGAGAGAGAGACAUGUAUGUGAAUGUCAAAGUAGUUAAUCUAAUGGGAUUUACUUUUACCAAUCUGGAGCCUUUAGAUACCUUUUUGGUAUUCACUUGCUCCACUUAAGAAAUUUCCCAGGUGCAGAAUUCCUUUUGGCAUCUUAUAUCCGCAGUUCUUUUAUACAGUUGUUUUUUGUUUUGUUUUUUCUUGCACAUAUUUUUGCUUUUUUUCCAUUGAAACUCAAUCUGCUAAUAAUGAAUAAAGUAAGAAUAAGGUGCCUAAAAACUACAAGCAAAACAAAAAAAAUUAGAUGUAUCCUCUGUCCCCAGCCAACCGCCAAAAUAUUAAGAACAAUCUUAGGGUGGCUUUUUUCCCUAGUAGAAAUAAUACUGGUAUGCAUCCCAGAUACCUGUGGGUUGAAAUAUACUGUAUGUAAUGUGUGCUUUUUUUUCUUAGUGAAAGAUUCAAACUUCAAAAUAUAACAAAACAAAUUUAACUUAAAGAAGGGGAAAGGUAACACAGUAUUAGAGAUAAUUAAGUUUAAAAAAAAAAAAAAAGCAUAAGAAUCAGGAUAUCUGUUGUGUUCUGGAGACAUUGGUGGGUGGGCUGUUGUGUCUCUAUGCACAUUAAGUUACAGUCAAUUUAUUUCAACUUUGGAGAUCACUGGGUUCCAGUUGAACCACAUACAGAGGUUCUAUGUACUUUUGUUAAUGGUCUUGAAUGAAACAAUUGAAUUAAAGUUUUAUGAAAAUCAU